AUGACCACGAAGACUGUACUGUUCCUGCUAGUUUCUGUUCAUUUGUUGAACCCAGCAGUGUCUUCUGAAACAUCACUGGCCACAACAAAACCUGAUAGAAAUCCAACCACAUCAGCUCUGGCAACUCCUGCUGCUCCUGCUACUCCAGCCAUUCAGCAGACCAGCACAACACAGGCGCCCAUUAAACUCACCACCGUUCGGACCACAGAAGCACCCAAACUCACCGCUACACAUGGCCCGGUAACUGAGAAGACGACGCCGAAAAUGAGGACGACUGUUAUGGCAAAAAAGGACGCAGCAGAGACGCAUCAAAAAAAAGUCACUCCCACUUUGGCUCCGGUUAAGCCCACAGUAACUGAGAAGAUGACACCGAAAAUGAGGACGACUGUUAGUGCAAAAAAGGACGCAGCAGAGACGCAUCAAACAAAAGGCACUCUGGCUCCGGCUCCGGCUCCAGUUAAGCCCACAGAACCCGUCACAACCAAAGGAGCUCCAACAAAGCAGAUGACAGUUCCAGAGUCCGGCACAGACAAGAAUGUUCAGCCCAAGUCCGAUAGGAGGCUGUGGUGGAUCGUGCUUCCCGCUCUGUUGGCUGCUGCUGCUGUCGUCAUGGUCCUGCGCUUCAAAUGCAAGAAGGUCGCCGAUCACACAGAAACCAUCGACACAGGCACCGAGAACGCCUCUUUCCAGAGUCGACCGGAGAGCACCAAAGAUGGAGUCAUGCUGCUGGGAGUGAAGUCGUCUGGAGCCGAGGAGAACGCUGCUGCCAGAUAA